UGGACAUCCGGGUCAUGCGCACCGCUUUUCGAUAAAGGCCAGUUUUACUACCAAAAACCGAAAUGCAGACUUUUUUAAUCAACCCCGUUUUGUUUACAGCUUUGUACGCUUUGCUGUCCUUGUCGUUUUUUCAACAUGCCGUCGAGGCGUCGAGCGGCAAGGGAUUCGGGGACAACAUCCACUGGAGAACACUGGAAGACGGCAAGAGCGAGGCGGCGGCCAGUGGUCUGCCCCUCAUGGUCAUCAUCCACAAGACGUGGUGUGGAGCCUGCAAAGCGCUAAAGCCCAAAUUCGCAGAGUCCAAGGAGAUCUCUGAACUCGCUCACAACUUUGUGAUGGUCAACCUGGAGGAUGAAGAGGAGCCGAAGGACGAAGCCUUCAGUCCCGACGGAGGCUACAUCCCGCGCAUCCUUUUCCUCGAUCCCAGUGGCAAAGUCCAUCCUGAAAUCACCAACAGAAAUGGGAAUCCCAACUACAAGUAUUUUUACAGCAAUGCAGAACAAGUGGUGUCAGGGAUGAAGGAGGCGCAGGAGAAGCUGACGGGCGAUGCCUUCAAGCGGAGCCACACCGGAGACGAACUGUGAGGAAACGAGCGCCUGAGCAGCAAGGGCUACAUCACCUCCUACCAACACUUACAUCGCCAGAAACACUACUUUUUACAUAAUGUAUACUGUACUAUCAUGGCUGUAACAACCUAAACCUAAUCAAGUGCCAUAUUGACACACAACUUUCCAUCAAGGUUCCCCACACUGAGGCUCCAAAACAGGUCGGCGGUAAAUAUUUAUCAGGUCGCCAAUUGUCAAAACGCCUUUAUUUUUUAUUUUUUAAAUGCUCUUCAAGUAGGCACAUAAUCACGUUUGUCGCAUUGAAUUGAAUCUUUAGUGUUAUUUUAUGUACAAUAUAUGUUGGGAAACCUUAGACUUUUCACAAUCACCCUAAAAGCCACAACCUGUACCUAUUCACCAUACCUCAUACUUCCAAAGACGAUUUCUUGUGAACAUGUGAAUUUAUUUUGCACAUUUCUUUUCUCCUAUGUUAUUUUGCCUCAUUUUAUACCCUGUGAACAAAUAAAGGUUUGUUGUAGUGAAUGUCGUGUGUAUACUACUAGUGUCGUCGGGAGUCAAUACACAGCAGAAAUUGUGACAACACAAUUUUAUUGUUGAACAGUGGCAAUUCCCUUGUGACAGCAGAAAAGACACUUUUUAAUGACAAGAAAGUCAUAAAAAAAUAUACAGUGAUGCCUAGAAAUACAAGUGACUUGACUUGCGAGUUUCUUUGUGAUACGAGCCAACUCACAAAACUUUUUUUGCGAGCGCGGAGUUGAGAUAUGAGCACUGUGUGGUGGCAGUGACUCAACUCUCUUCACAACAAGCAGUUUGGGAGAUACAAUAAGUGAACAAUUUUCAAAAAAUACGUUUCAAGCUGUAUUGCCACUCCCACACAAAGUAAUUACACCUUACGUAUUUAAAACAGCCAUAUAGCUUAGGCAUUCAGUCCGGUAGAUGGCAUGAUGUUGCGGCGCUAUAACCCUUUUAACAAACGGAUUGAACAGAUUAAUGGCAUUUGCGAUAAUUUCAAUGGAAAAGAUGAUUUAAGAUAAGUGUUUUGCGUUAGCGGUGUGGUCACAGAACAAAUUAAACUUGUAUGUCAAGGUACCACUAUUUGCUAUUUUCAUUGUUUCUUA